UCUUCGCUGGAUACGCUCUGGGAAAAGUAUGGAAAAUUUGUUAUACCGUUUUCGAUGAAAACCGGAUGGGAUGAAGUACUACGAGCACUGGGCUACGACCUUAAAGGUUUCCUGGACAGUUUGGACGCAAUGCAUUACUUCAUUGAUCAUAUUGUUUACCCGAUGAAUCUGCGCGGUCCAUCUUUUCGCUGUGUGCUACAGGAUGAUGGUUCUCUACUGUUGCACUACUAUUCAUCACGCACUGGAUUCCCGGGUAUUGUUAAAGGAAUUGUGCACGAAGUUUCACAACGAAUAUUUGGGAUUGAAGUUGAAAUGACUAUUGAGAAACGGCGUCAGGAACAUAUUAGUUCGAUUGUCAAGGAACAUAUCAUUUUUUCGAUUACUGAGGUUUUUCCUAGCAGAUUUUUUUUCGCUUCUAGACAACUUCGUGCAUUUAAAAUGUGCAAAACAGAUUAA